AGAGAGAGAGAGGAACGAAAAACGAGGUUUCAUGUUGCAGAAUGGCGCAGAACAGAGAGAGAAGACGAAUAGCCGGUGAUAUUUAUUCAUAGAUUCUAAACCACUAUAUACAAAUUAAAUCAAAAAAGAAAAAGAAAAAAUCUUUUCUUUUUUGCAUGAGGUGUGGGUUCGUGAUGACACACACACAUACGCCCUUCUCUACAAAUCAUCCCUCUAUAUAUAUAUCUAGUGUGUGCACUGUGUGUAAAUAUAUAAAUAUAAAUACAAGAAGAGGGAAAGAAGGCUUUCUUCUCUCCUUUCAGCUUUGAAGUUUGAGCUCUCCAACCCCACAACAAACCUGAGUUUGAGGAAGAAAGGAUUUUUUGAGAGAAAAAAACAAAACCAAAAAAAAAUUGUGGAAAAAAAUAUUUAGAUGAGUAAUUGGUUGGGGUUUUCCCUCACGCCCCACCUCAGAGUCGGCGGUGGCGGCGGCGAAAUCGACGGUACCGCGGCGGCGGAGGAUAGCAACGGCGGCGGCUGCUUCCCUCCUCAUAUUCCUGCUAUCCCUUUGCGCUCUGAGCAUUAUUGGAGAUAUGAUAAUGAAAUGAAUGAAUCAAACCCGAAUGAAGAAGGUGGCCCCAAAUUCGAGGAUUUUCUGGGCAAUUGCUACUCAAAUUCGCCGCAAAAUGAGCCGGGAGAGAUCAACAUGAACAUGCCGCCAAAUUUCGAUGAUCAAAAGAGAGAAGAUUUCAACAAUCCGCCUCUGUUUUACCCGUAUCAGUACGCCGACGGCGGAGGCGGCUACUUCGGCGGCGGCGGUGGCGGUGGCGGUGCAGGGUUCAAGACAUGGAUGCAGCAGCCGCCGGCGGAGGGCGGCGGUCGCGGCGAUCUUCAGGCGCUGUCUCUCACUGUGCAGCCAAGCUCUCAGGCGGCGCCGCCGCCUGCAGUUGCGGCGGACGGGAAGAAGCGGGCGGCGGCGAAGGAGCCCGUGCCGCGAAAAUCGAUUGACACUUUUGGGCAGAGGACUUCUCAGUAUCGCGGUGUUACUAGGCAUAGAUGGACUGGUAGAUAUGAAGCUCAUUUAUGGGACAACAGCUGCAGAAAGGAAGGCCAGACAAGGAAAGGAAGGCAAGUGUAUCUUGGUGGAUAUGAUAAAGAAGAGAAAGCUGCUAGGGCUUAUGAUCUAGCUGCCUUGAAAUAUUGGGGGCCAACAACUCACAUAAAUUUCCCACUAAGUGACUACGAGAAGGAGCUCGAGGAGAUGAAGAACAUGACUAGGCAAGAAUUUGUAGCCCAUUUGAGAAGGAAAAGUAGUGGAUUCUCAAGAGGGGCAUCGAUGUACAGAGGAGUGACAAGGCAUCAUCAACAUGGGAGAUGGCAAGCCAGAAUUGGAAGAGUUGCAGGCAAUAAGGACUUGUACCUUGGUACUUUCAGCACGCAGGAGGAAGCUGCGGAGGCAUACGACAUUGCUGCGAUCAAGUUUAGGGGGACGAGCGCGGUUACGAAUUUUGAUAUAAGUAGGUACGAUGUGAAGAGGAUCUGCUCGAGCUCAACCUUAAUCGCGGGCGACCUAGCCAAACGGUCCCCGAAGCACCUGGGCCCCGCGGGUCAGGAUGACUACAACUCAUGCGCCUCGUCAGCUUCUCCCCAGGCUCCAUUACAGAUUACCAAUGGCGAAGCUGACGAGCUCGCUGACAUGAUGUGGAAUGCCGCCUCAGAUCAAGAUCAGGCUGCCAAGGAUGACGUGCAGCCGGGCCGGGGGCAGGGCGGCGGGGGAUCACCCGGCCCACCGGGUCCCCACUUAAGCCCGGCCCGGAUGGAUCCGGUGAUCGGAGAUGGGGGUGGCUAUUCACAGGGGUAUUUCUUGGAGGGACAGAAAUAUGAUGACGAUGACGGGUGCGAUGUCGGUGGUUCGGGCCGGGCUGAGGUGGGAUUGGUGCAUCAAGCACCUACAUUUUCUUUAUGGAGUGAGUGAAUGGUUUUAAGGCAAGGCUUAGAUGAAUAGAGUCUUUUGGUGUUAGGAUUUUGGCAUCUUUUGUAGGAAAAUAGUACAUGUAGAUGGGGAAAAAAGAAAAAUGAUUUUGCAAUGGAUUCUGUCCUUUUUGUAUCAGUUGACAAAUUAAAACCAAGUUUUUGUUGGUUA